UGCUAUCAUGCGCCUUUGGAGGGAAGGCAGUAGCACAUCACCAAGGAGCAGCUUGAGUUUCUCAUAGAUUGUCAUAUGACCAUCAGACAAAUGGCAGAUGUUCUCAAUGUGUUGCAAUCUGUGGUCAAGCGGCGCAUGAGGUGGAGGAUUGUUAUCCAUGGUGCUGUGGAUGGUUACUGCAGACUUGUUGGGUUUCUGAAAGCCUCUGACAACAACAGGAGUGUCAGUCAUGGAGUCAUUCGAAGCAGCCAUCACCAGCUACGGAGUACCAUCCCGGGUGAGAUAAACACCGGAUGGUGAAAACAACCGUAUCUGUGCCUUCAUGGAGCAGUUCAGGGAUGUUGAGAGGGGAAGUGCACUCAGAGGAAGGUGCACUCACAACCAGAGGAUAGAACGGCUGUGGGGGGGACAAUGUGGUCUCCAACGUUUACCAUUAUCUGUUCACCUUCUUGGAGAUGGAGCAGAUCAUCGACAUCAACAAUGAGGUGUACCUGUGGGCACUGCACUUUGUGUUCCUGCCACGGGUGAACAGAGAUCUUACUGUGUUUGCCAGUCAGUGGAACCGCCAUGGGCUGAGGACUGCCCAACGGCAGUCACCUCUGCAGUUGUUCGUCUCGGGUUCCCUGGCAAUGCAGAGGGCCAAUCUGACAGCAGUAAGGGAUUUGUUCACCCCAAAUUCAACCAUCAGCUCUCAAGCCACCACCUCUGCUCCUCCAACCACCACCUCUGCUCCUCCAACCACCACCUCUGCUCCUCCAACCACCACCUCUGCUCCUCCAACCACCACCUCUGCUCCUCCAACCACCACCUCUGCUCCUCCAACCACCACCUCGGCUCUUUAUUGGUUGGAAUGGGUGAUUGUGCCACAAAUCCAGUUCACCAUCAGCAACACACAGAUGGAACUGUUGCGGACAAUAAUUCCAUUGGAAGGCCCCAGAGGCAGCCUGGGAGUUAACUAUCUACAGAGGGUUAUGGCAGUUAUAUCUUCAGCGCCACUCGUUCCUACUCCAACCUGACCUACUACAUACUCCCCUACUGGGAUGAGGGAUUGGACGCUAUAUUUUCAGCGCCACUCGUUUCUUUGAAUCGGUUAAUUUCUUUAAUACUAUUAUACAUUUUAUUAUACUAACAUUCCCCCUCUUUCACACACUGUAUGAUUUGGUCUCUAGAAAGGUACGAUAGACAUCUUCAACUCUAAACGGAUGAGGACCAGGUGGCCUUAACCUUCGUUAAGUACUUCCCCAUUCCAGUACGAUUCUGUUUGGUCAUAUUUGGAGAGAGUCAGGUAUUGUUAAGAUAUACGGCCUAUGGUUACUGUAUUUUGCUCUAUGGCACUUUAGCACAGCAUUCCAUCUGCUGACACUAUUUGUCUUCCACUCAGUACAACACGACCCAGGAGAGGCCUACUGCAAGCACUGGAUUGGAACCUUCAGAGCGUGCCUGCUGUGGGAGGACAACAGAACAUUCUGAAUGGACAUUAUUAAAAUGUAAUGCCCAUUAUUUUUGUAAUGCCCAAUUGGGACUUUUAUAAAUUGUUGAAAUAAAUGUGUGGAUAAUG